AUGGACCGCAAGCGCGAGAGGAGCGUCGAGGUCGCUUCGUCUCGCUCGCCCAAGUUGUCUCGCGUCGACCACACGCUCGACAGCGUGCUCGCGCUCGCCGGGCAGCACGCGAGUGCGCGCUACGCUGGCAGCGACCCGCUCAUCUCGCCCGCCUCGCCGCCCGUCCGCCUCGACCCCGUCUUCGUCGACUUCCCCACCCUCGCCUUUCCCUACCCGCCAAACAACGUCCACACGCCCGAGGUGGACCCGCCGCUCGCUCAGGCAGGCUCAUUCGAGGCCAUGCUCGCGCCUCACGGCUCCGGCGAGUCGCACGCUGCUGUCGCCGCGCCAGACGGCGCGUUCCCGCAUCCAGGAUUCGGAAGUCCGGGACACGGCAAGGGAGCGGCGCAGGGAGCGAACACGUGGCCGUCUCCAGCUCACCACGGCAUCCACAUGUCCCCGUCCGGCAAUUCGAUCUCAUCCUUCGCGACCACACCUUCCCUCGCCGCCUCGACCUCGUCCGCCAUGUCCCAUUCUUCCUCCGCCGACACCCUCUCGACCCGCCCGAGCAGCCAUUUCUCGCCUCACUCGACAGCGACCUCGCCAGGCGUCUACUGCGUCGUCCCGCCGUCGCCCGCCUCGAGCGGCUACUUCGGCGAGCCGUCCUCGCACGGCUUGGGGCUCGACUUUGCCGCUCCACCGCUCGCGUCUCUGCCCGAAGAAGCGCACGGAGCAGACGCAAAGGGCAAGAAUCGCGUCCCGAGCGCGAUGAUUGUCGAGGAGGCGGGCAGCGUCUCGCCGGAACCGCGAAAACGGCAGACGACUCGACCUGUCGACGUUUCGCGGCGGGGCGAGGACAUUGGGCUGUCGCUCGGCGACUUUGACAUCCUCGACACGCUCGGCACCGGCACCUUUGGCCGCGUCCUCCUCGUCCGGCUGCGCACGUCGCCUCGGCGACCGACGCAGACGCAACCGCACUACUUCGCCAUGAAGGUGCUGGAGAAGAACACGAUCGUGCGGCUGCGGCAGGUCGAGCACGUCAACUCGGAGCGGACGACGCUCGCGCAUGUCGACCACCCCUUCGUCGUCGAUCUCUUCUGCACCUUCCAGGACGAAGCCAACCUGUACAUGCUCCUCGAGUUUGUGCAGGGUGGCGAGCUCUUCUCGCACCUCCGGCGAGCCGGCCGCUUCUCCCCCGACGUCUCGCGCUUCUACAUCGCGAACCUCGUCCUCGUCCUCGAGCAUCUCCACAAGCAGGACAUCGUCUACCGCGACCUCAAACCCGAGAACCUCCUCAUCGGCGCAGACGGACACAUCAAGGUCACCGACUUUGGCUUUGCCAAAUACGUGCAGGACCGGACGUUCACGCUCUGCGGCACUCCCGAAUACCUCGCGCCCGAGAUCAUCACCGCAACCGGCCACAACGCCGCCGCCGACUGGUGGGCGCUCGGCGUCCUCCUCUUCGAGCUUCUCGCCGGCUACCCUCCCUUCUUCGCCGACAACCCGCUCGAGAUCUACGAGAAAAUCCUCAAGGGCAGGUUUGCCGUCCCGCGACACGUCGACCCGCUCGCGAAGGACCUCAUCAAGCGGCUUCUCACGGCGGACCUGAGUCUGCGGCUUGGCAACCUCAAGGGCGGCGCGCAGGACGUCAAGUGUCAUCCGUGGUUCGAGGGAGUUGAUUGGUCGGCGGUGGAGCUAGGGUUAGGGUUAGGGUUAGGGUU